UGAUUGACGCCGAGGCCCAACCAGGGAGAGGCGGGGCCAAGGCCGGGGCCUGACUAAACCUGGAGACUCGGGUCGCCAGGGGCUUCAUCCCCGCUGAGGAGAGCACAGCCACUGGGAGCCGCGGAUCACACAGCCCCUUAGGGUAUUUAGAACUUCAGCUGUUAAAAUGGGCAGAAUUUUCCUUGACCAUAUCGGUGGUACCCGUCUGUUUUCUUGUGCAAACUGCGAUACGAUCUUGACCAACCGCUCAGAACUCAUCUCCACUCGUUUCACAGGCGCCACUGGCCGAGCAUUUCUUUUUAACAAGGUGGUUAACCUGCAAUACAGUGAAGUUCAAGACCGGGUCAUGCUCACUGGCCGCCACAUGGUUCGAGAUGUGAGCUGCAAAAACUGCAAUAGCAAACUGGGAUGGAUCUAUGAGUUUGCCACUGAAGACAGCCAGCGUUAUAAGGAAGGCCGUGUGAUCCUGGAACGCGCUCUAGUCCGAGAGAGUGAGGGCUUUGAGGAGCAUGUACCGUCUGAUAACUCUUGAAGAAAGAGAUAAAUACCAUCUAUUCCCAGGUCUCCUUCACUGAAAACAAAAUCUACUUACAUACACUGUCACCUUAGCAUCAGAGUCGGAUUCAUGAACUGCAGAACAAGAGGUUGUGAGAAUCUAAGAUGGAACCUUUCUUUCUUCUUCUUCUUCUUCUUUUUUUUUUUUUUUUAAUUUUCCAUCCAACAGCAGUGUGUAGAGAGAAUAUUAUGCAGGUGCCGUUAAUUUUGUUUUCCUAUGUUUACAUCUUAAGACAGAAUAGUCUAUCUGCAGCUACAUAGUGGGCUAAGUGAGGAAAAAAAUCUGGGCUAUUUGAGUGAAAAACAGUGUGUUUUAUGUAAAUUUUGAAAGGACAAUAUGUCAAGAGCAUGGUUUUUAAACUUUCAGGCUUCAUUUAAAACCUUUUUUAAAACCCAGUUAUUUCACCUGAUUUGCUAGCUUCAGAGAAGAGAUCCGAAUUUGUGACCAGCGCUAAAGGUCCAGUGUUAGCAUGGCUUGUGCUGGCCAUUGUGCCAUAUUCUUGUUGGAGAUGAACCGUAGCACCAGAGCCCAUUCUUCUUUGUCAGUCUUGACCCAAAGAUGUCACCCUUCCUAGUUAUUUGUCACCACAUAAUUGGUAUUGAGUGGAAAGUUUUCCUGAAAUGGGGCAGAACUGCUUGGUUGUCUUUUUCCAUGUAACUUAAGCAUAGUAAUAUAAAUAAAGUGAUAGUUGGAUGUUUUUGGUCCUGUGUCUGCUUUUAAAAUUACGUUUUAGAAGAAAGGAGUACUUGUAAUAAGUAAUUGUCAUAGUAGUAAGUGUUUCUUUUCAUUUCUAAAUGAAAUUGACUAUGUAUAAGAUAUUAUUCUUUGUUUAAAUUAAAGCACACUUUUUAAACCCACAGUGCUGCAUUUAGAAAAGAGCUGAACAGACUGUCAAGUGUGCAUUCAUGCAGAAAGCGUUUAAUCUGCAUCUGUUUCAAAAGAAGGGAGAAAUGAAGCAGCUUAUCUAAAAACACUGCUUUGUAAAAACAUUUAAGCCUUUUCCUCUCAGUUUUGCCAUUUUGACAAGUCUGUAGAACUUAAUAGUUUCAUCAAAAGACUAAAUCUCUGUCAUUAGCAUCAUUUUUUUUCAGAUCUUUUCUUAGACAUUCAGCUAUUGAAACUCAAGUAGAAAAGGAUGAAGUAUACAUUUUAACCCAAAAUUUAUGACAUUAAAAAGCAUUAAAAUGUGUUUCUUUAUCCAGACUACUUCUAGAUAUUCUAGUGUUUGCUUCUGGCAGAAUAAAUGACAUCAAAAUUGCCUAAUUAUUUAAAUAAAUAAAUGGAUGUUUGAGCGCUCAAUUUCUAGUUCUUUUAUCUAGAAAAAAAAUUUGCCUCAAUUAGUGAAUCUUCCUGUUUUUGAUAUUAGAAAUGACUUCUGAGUACAGUUAAGUUUUGUUUUUUUUUUUUUGCCUUUGGGCUCCUGCUUAGAGGCACAGGUCUCUGAUUAAGUAGGUAUAAUACUGCAUUUGAGAUAAGGGGACACAAAUUUUCCUUUCACCUCUGAGUACAUCUUCAAGCCUUAACAAAGGGCGUUCAUUCCCUUUCAUUUGCGUACCAGCCUUUGGUUAUAUGCAGGUUCCUAGUAGCAUGCCUUAUCUACGGCACUGUGUGCAUUUGCUGUCCAAUAAAGUAUAUUUUGUCUUGCA